ACAGAACGCACAAAAACAAGAAAGUGAGAAAGAAUUUGCCGAAAAGCAAAUAACUUUGAAAGAAAUAGAGAGGGUGGCGACCAUAAACGCAGAAGGAGAAGGAAAGACGCGUACUAGCCGUCUCCAAAACUUUAUUUCUUCUUUGUUCGCAAGCAUUGGAGGAGCCUUUGCCCCAUUUCAAGAAGAACCAGACAUGGACAUCGCUUCAAAAGUUAUUCUUCCUCAACAUCAACUUAAAGGGGAAGUGAAGCAGAAGAAUGCAUUAGGAGAUGGAAGGAGCAGGAGGGUUCUUCAAGAUAUUGGAAAUUUAGUAACCGAACGAGCCCCACAAGGAAAGAAACAAGUCAGUGAAGUUGUCAAUGCUGCACUUGCUGCAAAUGGAGUUGCAUUAAAGAAAGGCGUUGUAGCCGGAAAAGCGGUGGCGGAUCAAAGGAAAGCUAUUGACAAGCCAAAACCUGAGACAGUGAUAGUGAUAAGCUCUGAUGAAAGUGAUCAGGAGACUAAACAUGUUAGUAGAAAGGUAUCAAGAGAAGAAGGGUCUUCAAGGAAGGAUGGAAAGGCCUUUUCGUCGGUCUUGACAGCUCGAAGCAAGGCUGCCUCUGGACUCACCGAUAAGCCGAAGGAUUUGAUCCCGGACAUUGAUGCAGCUGAUAUUGAUAAUGAAUUGGCAGUGGUUGAAUAUGUUGAUGAUAUUUACAAAUACUACAAACUCGCAGAAGAUGAGGGUCGAGUACACGACUACAUGGAUGCACAACCAGAAAUUAAUGAAAAAAUGAGAUCAAUAUUGGUGGAUUGGUUGACAGAAGUUCAUCGAAAAUUCCAGCUAAUGCCAGAAACCCUCUAUCUUACCUUAAACAUUGUCGAUCGAUUCCUUUCGAAAGAGGAUGUGCCAAGGAGGGAACUUCAGUUAGUUGGCAUCAGCUCAAUGCUCAUUGCCUGCAAGUAUGAAGAGAUUUGGGCACCUGAGGUUAAUGACUUUGUUUGCAUAUCAGACAAUGCUUAUCUCAGAGAACAGGUUCUUGUCAUGGAGAAAGCAAUCUUAGGGAAAUUGGAAUGGCAUUUAACUGUUCCUACACCAUACGUUUUCCUGGUUCGAUAUAUCAAGGCCUCUGUUCCAUCAGAUAAGAAGAUGGAGAACAUGGUAUUUUUCCUAGCUGAACUUGGUUUGAUGCAGUAUCCUACCAUCAUUUUGUAUCCUCCAUCGUUAAUUGCUGCAUCAGCUGUUUAUGCUGCACGAUGCACCCUUGAGAAGAGGCCUUUCUGGAGUGAAAAUCUAAAGCACCACACAGGCUAUUCUGAGGAUCAGAUAAGGGGUUGUGCAAAGGUGUUAAUGACAUUAAACUCUUUGGCAUCAAAAAGUAAAUUAAAGGCAGUGUAUAGGAAAUUCUCAAGUCCAGAUCGUUGUGCUGUGGCUCUUCUUGCAGCAGUCAAAAGCCUUGUGUCUGCAGAAUCAUUGUAAAGAAUUGGAUCUGACAUUUAAGAGAUAUUUUUGUUUGUCUAUAUAAAAUAUCUCAUUAGCAGUUUAAAUUUACUAUGUAUGGUGUGAUCAUUUGCUUCACCCAAGUUAAAUAAUAAUUUUUUAGCGUUUUAUUUCAUUUUAUGUAUCACUAUUGGUGUGAUUAUUUGAUUCACCACAGUUGGGGCUAAUGGUUAGCUUGUCUAAAUAUUUCGAUAUUUGCCGCAUGCCAUGCCAUGCCUAUUUUUUAUUUUGUGUGAUGAUUUUCCCUCCAUUCAAGAAGAGAAGGAAAGCAUUAUCAGAAAAAGUAAAGAGUUUAUGAUGUAGUUUGGCUCUUGUUUCCAUGAAAUUCUCAGUUCAAUG